GAGAGAGAGCGAGCGAGCGCGCCAGAGUGUGUGUGUGUGUGUAUGUCAGAGAGACACAUAGAUGUCAGUAGGUUGUUAGCAGAGGAAAAGUGAUGCUGGAUCCUCGUUAAAUUGAAGGAGCGUCGUAUUUGUCCCUGUGUGCGCGCGCGCGUGUGUCCCCGUGUCGCUGUCUUGUCUCAACGGCUGACCAAUGCUUCUGCAUCAGUUCAUGAACGGAGCUCUGGACGUCAUGCAUCCCACACCGCUUCAGAAAGACACCACCUUCACCAAAAUCUUCGUGGGCGGACUGCCGUACCACACCACCGACGCCUCCCUGAGGAAAUACUUCGAGGCCUACGGGGACAUCGACGAGGCGGUGGUGAUAACGGACAGACAGACCGGUAAAUCCAGAGGAUACGGCUUUGUGACAAUGACGGACCGAGGAGCAGCCGAGAGAGCCUGCAAAGACUCCAACCCCAUCAUCGACGGCAGGAAGGCCAACGUCAACCUGGCUUACCUGGGUGCUAAGCCUCGCAGCAUACAGACAGGCAUAUCCAUCGGAGUGCAGCCCAUUCACCCAGCACUCAUCCAGAGGCAGUAUGGGUUGGCCCAGCCAUACGUUUACCCACAAGCCUUUGUGCAGCCCAGCUUGGUGCUGCCCACUCAGGUUUCCACCUCCGUCAGCAGCAGCCCCUAUCUGGACUACAGCGCAGCCUACAGCCAGUACGCCCAGGCUGCCUAUGAGCAGCAGUAUCCAUACUCCGCCUCUCCAGCUGGCUUCCUGGGCUACAGCUACACCGCCAGCCCCACAGUCUCCGCUGGCCCGGCUGCCGCCGCCACCACCCCAUCUACCGUCCACCCGGCCCUCCCCUCUGCCGCCGGCCCAGCUACGGCCUACCUGCACUACGCCCCACAGCACCACAUCCAGCCGGACCGUAUGCAGUGAGCCUGAACGUGACGCUUGAAAGAGAGGGGCGUGUUCAGGUGGUGGAGGAGGAGGAGGAGGAGGAGGAGGAGAUUUGGGGGGGGGUGGUCGCUGACCUUUUGAACAGACAAUGGUGAAACACCUGACAGGAUGACCCAGCUGUCAUCAGCAGGGGGUUUCGGGAUGAAAAUGGUAGGACUAUUGCACUAUACGAUCAGGAAGAGUACCCCGUGCUCAUUGGUUAAAGGGUUAAAAAACAAAAGUGGUGGGUGGGAUUUGAGGACUGUCGAGGUUCAGGUUGGGAAGCUAAAGAGCAUAAAGUAUAUGGUCGCUUCCAAGGGCUUCCAGAAGCUGACACUUCAUUUUUAAUUAUUAUUAUUAUUGUUAUUAUUUUUAUUGUCCUUUUUAUUAUUGUAUUAAUGUCAUUGUCAUCAUUUUUUUUGUUUAUACACAAUGUUAUCAUAGGUUGUGGCUCAGUCAGUGGAAGUUAUGUAUGUCCAUGGUACAUAUUGCUGUUGUGACAGCUGUCUGGGACAUGUAGCGCCGCUGUCCUCCUGACUACACGGUGUGUUGGGUGGAUAUGAAGGGCACAGAUGUGGAUGGAGGUGUGCAGAGUGGUGACUUUGGGUACCACAUGGCCAUGUCCCCACACCCCACCCCCCGGUGCUAUCCACAGUGAGGUAGAGCAUGUCUGCCCCAUGAACAAACCUCUAGUGUUCAUCGCCAUGCAGAAGGGACAGCAAGAGAUUUCACCUCAAGAGAAAAAAAAAAAAAAAGUUCAAAGUAUGAGACUGUCGGAGCGCCAUUGGAUUGUGAAUGUGACGUCAGGACUACAUUUUUGUAUUAUUAUUUCUAAUUAAAGAGGCCUUAAUAAAGAGAAACAUUUUAUGAAUCUCUUGAUUCAUCCAGCGCCAGCCCCAUCACUGAACCAAAUGCAGAAAGCCCCUCGUAACUGGUCAGACUGUGUCAACAGUCAGUGACACCAAUCAUACUUUUACUUGGGUCUUGAUCAUUUCAGAUGGAUGUAGAUAAUCACAUGCAGUACAUGGGUGAUGGAGACCAAGAGCGCUGUGUAUCCAGGUUGAAAGGUAGCCGACACUGAGCUCGAACACCAGUGUAUUUCUUCUUCUUUUCUCACUGUUGCUCUCUAAAGGACAUUCAUGUACAGCAUUUUAAAAUGUUUUCUUUCAUCCAGUACAGUCACAAUAUUUAUAUGUAAGUAUUUAUACUAGGUACUAAGUUAAAAUAGCUUCUUUUUUUUCUCUUUUGUUUUUUUACAAUGACUGUGGCUGAGGCACUGAUGUAAUUUAACCUGCAGAUCCACAGGUGUGGUAUUGAUUUGGAUCUGCCCUGUCACAAUAUCAGUGGAUUUGCCCGGCUGCACAAAACUAUAGUAGAUGUUCAUUUGACUGGUUGCAUCAGCAAUCCUCUUCUCCCCCCCCCCACCCCCUACUAAACAUGUCUUUUACAGUCCCCUGAAAAGAAGCCAUACCAAAAAACCAAAUAAAAAUAAAGAAUUUGUACAGAAA